GCCCCGCGUACAAAGGCGCCCAGCGCCUGGGGAGGUCGAUGAGCGCCCCGCAGCCCGGGCCCGGGCCCCAGCUGCAGCGCCCGCUGCGUGCGCCCGGGGCGCGGGGGGUCGGCGGCCAAGGCGCGGCCCGUGCGCCCUGAGCGCGGGGCUCGUGGCCCUCCGGGUCAGGCGCCAGGCUUCGGAGCGGCUAGAACGCGGGCCUCGGCGCGCCCCCGGGGUCGGCGCAGUGAGGCGCUUCCCCACUCUGGGCCCGACCCCCGGCGCCCUGUCGCCGCGCCCGAGCGCCAACUUCGCCAACAACGCUCCCAACUCCAGGCCACGCUGCGGGGCACCCGCCGCGAAGACGCGCCUCUGGCCCUGGGGAGGGAGCCGGCAUCUGCAGGGUCGCUCGGGCGCCCCUGAGUGGGCGGCGGCGGCAGCAGACGCCUCUCCCGGGAGUCCCGGACCUGCCCGCGCUGGAAAUUCCUCCGGGGCAGGCGCUCGCCCUGUCUUUUAUGGAGCUUGGGCCCCCGCCCCUGCCUGGUAGAGGCUGUGGAGGUCCGCGGUCCGGAAGCCCCGUUCCCAUCCCCGUGGCCCAUCCCUGGCUGCGGGGAGUGGGGGCUCCCACAAGGUAGCGGUGGCCUGCAGCCUCCUCCCCGCAGUGAACCAUGGGCCAGAAGCUCUCGGGGAGCCUCAAGUCGGUGGAGGUGCGAGAGCCAGCUCUGCGGCCGGCCAAGCGGGAGCUGCUGGGUGCAGAGCCGGGGCGGCCGGCGCGGCUGGACCAGCUGCUGGACAUGCCGGCGGCGGGGCUGGCUGUGCAGCUGCGGCACGCGUGGAACCCCGAGGACCGCUCGCUCAAUGUCUUCGUCAAGGAUGACGACCGGCUCACCUUCCACCGACACCCGGUGGCCCAGAGCACGGACGGCAUCCGCGGCAAGGUGGGCCACGCCCGCGGCCUGCACGCCUGGCAGAUCACCUGGCCGGCUCGCCAGCGGGGCACCCACGCCGUAGUGGGGGUGGCCACGGCCCGGGCUCCCCUGCACUCCGUGGGCUACACAGCGCUGGUGGGCAGUGACGCCGAGUCCUGGGGCUGGGACCUGGGCCGCAGCCGCCUCUACCACGAUGGCAAGAACCGGCCGGGCGUGGCCUACCCGGCCUUCCUGGGGCCGGACGAGGCCUUCGCGCUGCUCGACUCGCUGCUCGUGGUGCUGGACAUGGACGAGGGCACCCUCAGCUUCGUCGUGGACGGCCAGUACCUGGGCGUGGCCUUCCAGGGCCUCAAGGGAAAGAAGCUGUACCCGGUGGUGAGUGCUGUGUGGGGCCACUGCGAAGUCACCAUGCGCUACAUCAAUGGCCUUGACCCUGAGCCCCUGCCACUGAUGGACCUGUGCCGGAGAUCCAUCCGCUUGGCCCUGGGCCGCCAGCGCCUGCAGGACAUCAGCUCCCUGCCCCUGCCUCAGUCUCUCAAGAACUAUCUGCAGUACCAGUGAGCCAGGCACUGACAGAGAGACCAGGCCUGGGCCUGCCUGUCAUUCACAGUCUGGGUCACGCAAUACAUUCAGGAAGAGGUCUCCCCCUCACCCUGGCUCCCCGGGGCAUUCAGUUCUCUGAAAGGCCAGGACAUGUUACCAACUUUGGACACGAAAUGUCUGUUGCCAACGUAUUUACUACCCUCGAAGCAGCCCUCCCAAGUCAGAAACCUCCUGGAAGCCACGAAGAGCCUGGAGCCUGUACCUGGCAGAAAUUCUGCCCACCGAGACACACAGCAGCCACGUAUUGAUUGGAGAGGCUGUUUCCUUAUUCAAAAGAAUGAAUAAAACAUUUGGGCAGAAGAAUCUCUAUUGUGUGCCCCGUUGCAGACAGGGCCAGGGGAAAAUUGGCCAGAGCAGGGAGAAAAUUGCCUCUGAAUAAUGAAUGAUGAACGCAGCUUGAUGCCCGUACCCCUCCCAGGCCCCACCCCUCGCCAGGGCAGCAGGAUUGUCGUGGCAUUUUGGGAGUCUGUGCCACUUUGAGAGAUUAUUCCCCAGGGGUGCCUAAUUGCAGAGCUGACAAGUGGACCAAGCAAUGUCCAGACGCCUUGGGCUUACCUCUCGGAAUGUUGUUUACUCACCCCUCCAUGUGCCCUCCCUCCCGGCCACUGACACACAGUUCUCUGGACACUCCAGCACCUCUAUUCAGGGAAGAUGAGUCUGACUGAUUCCCCUAGGGACAGAGUGUGUCCUUGACUAUUAUGCUUUUAAGUAGAGUUUGUGUUUUAAAAGAGGAGUGUGGUGAGGACAGUACUUAGUCCUAAGGUGCUAAUGGGGGGGGGUCUGGAGCAUUGUGACACCCAGGUCUGAUGACGUCCUUGGGCUGGGGAGCCUUCCUGGAGUGUCAAGGGUCUCUGGGCAACUGUCCGUUCAGGGUGCAGUUUGGCUGCCACAAACCUUUAU